UGUGUAUUCCAUUUCUGUCUCCCUCUCUCUCUUUCUCUCUCUCUCCUUCUCUCUCUCUCUCUUUUAUUUUCAGGCUGAGGGAUUUAGGCAGAGAGAGAGAGGGAGAGAGACAAGGGGGGAUAUUUUCUUUUCUUUAAAAAAAAAAACUAGGCAGCCAUCUUUCUUAAAAAUAAACCUCACCCAUUUGUACCUCCAGUGAGCGGUAGGCAGUGGCGGCUGGAGCACCUCUGCACCCCUAUGGGUUAAUCUCUGAAGCCUUUGGGAUCCAGAUCGCGACAGAAAUUGAUCAGGGGAGGAGGUGGGAUAUGCGGGGUCCACUGGGGAUGGAAGAGGACCCCAUAGAAGACAUGGAGAAUGAAGAGAUGUCAGAAGAGGAAGCUGGAGGUAUGGAAGCAAUAGACUUUUUUUCUGAAGAACUCCCACCUAAGAGAAAGAAAUCUAAAAAAUCCAAGGAAGGCAAACUAUCAAAAACUAAAAGAAGAAAAAAAGAGGGAAGUGAUGCAGACGUGUCAGAAAAUGAAGAUGAGCUUGAGGAAAAGUCAGAAAGUGAAGGAAGUGUUUAUGCUCCCAACAAAAAGAAGAAGAAAAAGCUUAAAGAAAAGAAAGAAAAAAAAGCUAAACGUAAAAAGAAAGAUGACGAUGAUGAUAAUGAAGAUGGUGGUAUUAAGGAGCCUAAAACUUCAGCUCAAUUAAUGCAAGAGUGGGGCCUAGAAAAUGUGGACUAUGUCUUCUCAGAGGAAGAUUAUCAUACACUGACCAAUUACAAGGCUUUCAGUCAGUUUCUCAGGCCUUUAAUUGCAAAGAAGAAUCCGAAAAUCCCAAUGUCGAAGAUGAUGACUGUGCUUGGGGCCAAAUGGCGGGAGUUCAGUGCUAAUAAUCCACUAAAGGGGAGUUCUGCCGCAGCAGCAGCUGCUGCCGUUGCAGCAGCAGUUGAAACUGUGGCUGUUGCUCCUCCACUAUUGGUCAGUCCCCCCCAACCAGUCCAACCCGCACCUAUUAGGAAGGCAAAAACCAAGGAAGGAAAAGGACCUGGUGUAAGAAAAAAAUCUAAAUCGUCCAAGGAUAGCAAGAAAAAAGCUAAAGGCAAGAAAGUUACAAACCUGAAAUUUAAAUUUGGAGGGAUGGCCAGUAAAAGGAGAAAAGGUUCAUCAACCCUGUGUGAGGCUCGUAAUCACUGCUUGAUGAAUCCAGGCAUCAGGGGUCUAUGUAUUAGUCAGAGUGAGGAGGAUGAAAGAGAAGAGUCUGACUUUGACAGCGCCAGCAUCAACAGCUCAUCUGUGCGGUCGGAUAUCAGUGCUGGAUUAGGAAAGAGAGGCAAAAGAGUAAAGAAAAAGAAGAAAGUUGAAGAAGGUGACGGUUAUGAAACAGAUCAUCAGGAUUACUGCGAAGUUUGCCAGCAGGGAGGGGAAAUCAUAUUAUGUGACACAUGCCCCCGUGCCUAUCACCUUGUCUGCCUGGAUCCUGAACUGGAAAAAGCCCCAGAGGGCAAGUGGAGUUGUCCACACUGUGAAAAAGAAGGCAUCCAAUGGGAACCAAAGGAAGAUGAUGAGUAUGAAGAAGAUGGGGGAGAAGAAGAAGAAGAAGAGGAAGAUGACCACAUGGAGUUUUGUCGUGUUUGUAAAGAUGGGGGUGAACUUCUGUGCUGUGACACUUGUCCCUCUUCUUAUCAUUUGCACUGUCUUAACCCACCUUUGCCUGAAAUACCAAAUGGUGAAUGGCUGUGCCCUCGUUGUACGUGUCCACCUUUGAAAGGCAAAGUUCAACGAAUCCUACACUGGGUAUGGCGAGAACCUUCCCCUCCAUCAAUCUUUCCUUCCGAUAUAGAUCCCCUUAUGCCACCUCCAAAGCCUAUAGAGGGCAUUCCAGAAAGAGAAUUCUUCGUCAAAUGGGCAGGGAUGUCCUACUGGCACUGCUCCUGGGUUAAGGAAUUACAGCUAGAACUGUAUCAUACAGUCAUGUUUCGAAAUUACCAAAGAAAGAAUGACAUGGAUGACCCUCCUCCAUAUGACUAUGGGUCUGGGGAUGAAGAUGGCAAAAGUGAAAAACGAAAAAACAAAGAUCCACUGUAUGCAAAGAUGGAAGAAAAGUUUUACAGAUAUGGCAUAAAAGCAGAAUGGAUGAUAAUACACCGAAUAAUGAAUCACAGUUUUGAUAAGAAGGGAGAUAUCCAUUAUCUGAUCAAGUGGAAGGACCUGCCUUAUGAUCAGUGUACAUGGGAAAUUGACAAUAUAGACAUUCCAGAUUAUGAGACCAUGAAACAAUCUUACUGGGACCACAGGGAGUUAAUGCUCGGUGAAGAUGCAAGACCUCUUAGAUUUAAGAAGAACAGAAAGAUGAAAGACGAGAAUCUGGAAAAACCUCCUUUAGUCCCAAUAGUUGAUCCAACUGUAAAGUUUGAUAAACAGGCUUGGUACAUAGAUUCCACGGGAGGAACAUUACACCCUUACCAGUUAGAAGGAUUAAACUGGUUAAGGUUUUCCUGGGCACAAGGAACCGAUACUAUUCUUGCAGAUGAAAUGGGUCUUGGAAAGACUGUCCAAACUAUCGUUUUCCUCUACUCCCUGUACAAAGAGGGUCAUUCCAAAGGUCCAUAUUUGGUCAGUGCACCAUUGUCUACUAUCAUCAACUGGGAACGGGAAUUUGAGAUGUGGGCGCCAGAGUUUUAUGUUGUAACAUACACUGGUGAUAAAGACAGUCGAGCAGUCAUUAGAGAAAAUGAAUUUUCUUUUGAAGACAAUGCCAUCAAAAGUGGGAGGAAGGUGUUUCGCAUGAAAAAAGAAGCCCAGAUAAAAUUCCAUGUGCUGCUUACAUCUUAUGAGCUAAUCACGAUUGAUCAUUCCAUCUUGGGUUCUAUUGAGUGGGCAUGCCUUGUAGUGGAUGAGGCACACCGGCUGAAAAACAACCAGUCGAAAUUCUUUAGGGUAUUAAAUAGCUACAAGAUUGACUAUAAACUGCUGCUAACUGGAACUCCACUUCAGAAUAAUUUAGAAGAACUUUUUCAUCUUCUCAAUUUCCUGACACCUGAACGAUUCAAUAAUCUAGAAGGGUUUUUGGAAGAGUUUGCAGAUAUCUCCAAGGAAGACCAAAUUAAGAAACUUCAUGACUUGCUGGGACCCCACAUGCUGAGGCGGCUGAAAGCAGAUGUCUUUAAGAACAUGCCAGCCAAAACAGAAUUAAUAGUACGAGUGGAGCUUAGCCAAAUGCAAAAGAAGUAUUAUAAGUUCAUAUUGACAAGAAACUUUGAGGCUUUGAAUUCGAAAGGAGGUGGAAACCAAGUUUCAUUGCUCAACAUCAUGAUGGACCUAAAGAAGUGUUGUAAUCACCCUUAUCUCUUUCCUGUCGCUGCUGUGGAAGCCCCAGUUUUGCCAAAUGGAUCAUAUGAUGGAAAUUCUUUGGUUAAAUCUUCUGGAAAGCUGAUGCUUCUACAAAAAAUGCUGAAGAAACUAAAGGACGGAGGGCACCGGGUGCUGAUUUUUUCUCAGAUGACAAAAAUGCUGGACUUACUUGAAGAUUUUUUAGAAUAUGAGGGCUAUAAAUAUGAACGAAUAGAUGGUGGAAUCACAGGAGGGCUACGGCAGGAGGCGAUUGACAGGUUUAAUGCUCCUGGUGCUCAGCAGUUCUGCUUUCUCUUGUCCACUCGAGCUGGAGGUCUGGGUAUAAAUUUAGCUACUGCUGACACUGUAAUAAUUUAUGACUCAGACUGGAACCCUCACAAUGACAUACAGGCGUUUAGCAGAGCUCACAGGAUUGGGCAGAAUAAAAAAGUGAUGAUCUACCGGUUUGUCACUAGAGCCUCCGUAGAAGAGAGAAUCACACAGGUGGCAAAGAGGAAAAUGAUGUUGACCCACUUGGUCGUACGGCCAGGACUUGGGUCUAAAUCUGGGUCUAUGACUAAGCAAGAACUGGAUGAUAUUUUAAAAUUUGGCACCGAGGAACUGUUUAAAGAUGAUGUUGAAGCUGACCAUCAUUGUGGUACCUUAACCGUGUACAAGAAAACUGGUGAUAACAAGGAUGUGGAAGACAGCAGUGUUAUCCACUACGAUGAUGCAGCCAUUUCAAAACUUUUGGACCGAAACCAAAAUGCAACCGAGGACACAGAAAUCCAAAACAUGAACGAAUAUCUCAGUUCUUUUAAAGUGGCCCAGUAUGUUGUGCGGGAAGAAGAUGGUGUGGAGGAAGUGGAACGAGAGAUAAUUAAGCAGGAAGAGAAUGUUGAUCCAGAUUAUUGGGAAAAGCUGCUUCGACAUCAUUAUGAGCAACAGCAGGAAGAUCUUGCCAGGAAUCUCGGCAAAGGGAAGCGCAUCCGCAAACAGGUCAACUACAAUGAUGCCUCACAAGAGGACCAAGAAUGGCACGAUGACCUGUCUGACAACCAGUCAGAAUAUUCAGUUGGUUCAGAAGAUGAAGAUGAGGAUUUUGAAGAGAAGCCUGAAGGUGGCAGAAGGCAGUCUCGACGGCAAUUAAAGAGUGACCGAGAUAAACCACUUCCCCCACUUCUGGCAAGAGUUGGAGGAAAUAUCGAGGUCCUUGGAUUUAAUGCCCGACAGCGCAAAGCAUUUUUAAAUGCAAUCAUGAGAUGGGGAAUGCCACCCCAAGAUGCUUUUAAUUCAAACUGGCUCGUUCGAGAUCUCAGAGGAAAGAGUGAGAAAGAAUUUAGGGCGUAUGUGUCCUUAUUCAUGAGACAUCUGUGUGAACCUGGAGCGGAUGGAGCAGAAACCUUUGCCGACGGGGUUCCAAGAGAAGGACUGUCACGUCAGCACGUACUCACUAGAAUUGGAGUCAUGUCACUGGUUCGAAAGAAGGUGCAAGAAUUUGAGCAGGUCAAUGGAAAGUACAGUACCCCGGAUCUAAUCCCAGAGAGUGUACAAAAUAAAAAAUGUUUCGACAUGGUUUCGUCUGAUCCUAACACACCUGUAGCAGCCAGUCCGGCUCCACUGCCUCCUGGAACAACAGCCAUGACAGAAAAGUGUGAUGCACAGUCUGUAAUGCAAGAGGACUCUGAAAUGGUGGAGCUCAAGCUGAAAUAUCCUGCAGAGGCACAGCCUACUGCCAAGCAAGAGAAAUCUGAACAAGAAGAAGUAAAUGAGGAAUUGGAUAUGAAAGAUGUAGAAGAGGAUGAGGAAAAAGAACCAGCAGAUCAGAAUUCUAAAGCUGAGACCCGUGAGGAGCAAGAAAAACAGUCAGACAAGUCAGAACCAUGUGUAACGCCAAAUAAACUAGAGGACAAGGAGCCCAAGACAGGUGAGGAUAAAAAACCAGAUGAAAAGGAAGAAUGUGAGACCCAGCAGAAUGGUGAAAAUGAUAUCAAACAGGAAGAGGAUGAAGGAAAAAAAGAAGAUAAAAAUGGCAAAUUUAAAUUUAUGUUUAAUAUCGCAGAUGGUGGCUUUACAGAACUUCACACACUGUGGCAAAAUGAAGAAAGAGCCGCAAUCUCCUCAGGCAAAAUGUAUGAUAUUUGGCAUAGAAGGCAUGAUUACUGGCUUCUGGCGGGGAUUGUCACACACGGUUAUGCCCGCUGGCAGGAUAUUCAGAAUGACCCUCGCUAUUUGAUUUUAAAUGAGCCGUUUAAAUCGGAGAUUCACAAAGGAAAUUAUCUGGAAAUGAAAAACAAGUUUCUUGCUCGGAGAUUCAAGUUACUAGAACAAGCGCUGGUGAUCGAAGAGCAGCUACGAAGGGCAGCCUAUCUCAACAUGACUCAAGACCCAAAUCACCCGGCCAUGGCUCUCAAUGCGCGACUAACUGAAGUGGAAUGUCUAGCUGAGAGCCAUCAACAUCUCUCCAAAGAAUCUCUUGCAGGAAAUAAGCCGGCUAAUGCUGUUCUUCAUAAAGUUCUGAACCAGCUGGAAGAAUUGCUGAGCGAUAUGAAGGCAGAUGUGACCCGUUUACCCUCAAUGCUGUCUAGAAUCCCGCCUGUUGCAGCCCGCCUACAGAUGUCUGAGCGUAGUAUUCUUAGCAGACUCACCAACCGAGGAGGGGACCCGACUCUCCAGGGAACAUUCGGAUCCUCUCAAAUGUAUAAUAACAACUUUGGCCCCAAUUUCCGAGGACCUGGUCCUGGCAGCAUUGUCAACUACAGCCAGAUGCCUCUUGGACCAUACAUGACUGCAUCCAAUGGGACUCACUCAGUGUAUCCUGACAAAAAAAUGAUCGAUUCCCUAAAGGAUUGUGCGUCAUUGGAUCGGAAAGGGAGACUCAGUGACAUCAUCUUUAUUGAAGAUUAAGUCACAGCCUAAAGGGGAAGUUGAAACCACCAUCGACACACUUCGACUGCUCUACCAUGAAAUGGACUUCUUGUUAAAAGGGAUUUCAUUUCCUACUACAUUUUUGCACUUUCUUAUUGAAGACUUGAAGAGUUUGUCUUGAUAAAAGUUGAAAUACUUACCAAGGGUAUUACUGUAAUGUUUCUGUUUCUCUUUUUAUCGAUUUUGAAAAGAAAAACCUGGUUGAUGUCCAGGAAACAACUUGCUAAACUGAGGCCUUUUAAGUUUGUCAAAAAAAACAAAAACAUUUUGUUGCUGAAAGGUUCCCUAUCUGUUGCAGAGCAAUGAGUGUGGGACCUGUGUGGGCACCGGAGGGCUUUGAGCUCAGUGUUUUUGUUAUGGUAUCAGACGCUGCAUGGCUAUUCUCCGUCUCCCUAAGCUUUCUGGGCAAAGAAAUAUCUGCUCUUUCAUAAGGGAUCUGCCCCCAUGUACUUAUGGAUUGGAGGCUUCAAAAAAAAAAAAAAACACCCGGUACAUUAUAUUCUAUUCAUAAGUUCUGUAUUUCCAUCCUCUCUGUACCCCUUGGGCUAGAACACGAUAUUGUCCAAAAUAUGCGCCACGUUCAGGUAUAAAAUCAAUGGUUUGGCUUAUAAAGAGUAAGACAUCUGCAUGUGAUAGUAUAUAGAGAAAUCUAGUUUCAUCCCAGUUUGUUCCCUAGCGUUCCACUAAUAUUAUCAGGGUAAACUGUUUAUUUAACUAUAAAAAGGAUUCAAUUCCAUAAGGCAGCUCUUAAAAUAUCCCCUAACCGUUAAGCUUACCUUAAAGCAGUCGUCUGGGCCAGGCUUUUGUUAUACUGUAUAUUACUGUGCAACCCAUUAGGUAGGCCUGUGACUCGGGUUUGGGCUUGGGAUACAGGGGUGCUCAGCCCAGUAACAAUGAAAAUAAAAAUUGGAACAAACAUGAAGCUUCUCAGAGACUUGUAUAUAAGAACUGGAGCUCCCAAACUUAUGUAAAACUGUAAAACUGCAUUUUAUUGAGCUAGUCUAUUACAAUCGUUCAGAAAAAGUUACCUGCCUUCAGUUGGCUUGGCAGAUGCACCAUAUUCAUGAACUGAAUGUUCCACUGACCUUUCCUGUAGCGAGUCGCACCCACAUCUUGUCUUCAUGAGAUGGAAUCAGAGACAACACCUGUAUGAUGUUCCUAUGCGUUUAUAAGCUGUGCCCUAUGUUUAGUAUGUGAGUGGUUACAGAGAGCCCCAUCUUCACCCCAUACUUCAUAUCUUUACUUACUACCUAAGCCAAUACAGUAAAGAAAUAAAAACUCCAUCCCUGCUUGUCUUUGUGGCCCAAGACACUAAAGCUGUACAGAUGUUUAUGACUUAUUCUGUAGGUUAAUUUGAAUGUAUCACAAAAAAUAGGUUAAUUUGAAUGUAUCACAAAAAAAUAAAAUAAAACUGAAAAUGAUGUUUUGACCAAUCA